CCGCCUCGCCGUCCGCACGCCGCGGUCCGAGAGGAGGAGCCCCGGGUGCCGCGCCAGCCGCCGGCCCCUCCGACGCUCCCGCCGGCACCCCAUGGAUAAGGCGGGCUCGCUGCACAGCUCGGUGCCCGGGCCGCCGCCCCGGCUCUACCUGCCGCGCAACUUCAGCUGCAGCGCCUGCCUCUAUGGCAGCCUGGCCGAGCAGUGCCGGGCGGGCUGCAGCCCCGACGGCGACGCCGCGCCCACGCCGGUGGUGCGGGAAGCGGCGGGCGAGAAGCCGCCGCCGAGCCGCGGGCGGGAGCCCACGCUGCCCGCCGUGCCCCCCAGCCCCACGCAGCGCCGCCGCGCCAAGUCGCUGCCCACGCCCGGCGACCGCAGCCUGCGCCCCGCGCUGCAGCAGAGCCCGGCGCGCCGCAAGACCGUGCGCUUCGCCGACUCGCUGGGGCUGGAGCUCACCUCCGUGCACCUCUUCUGCGAGGCCGACCUGCCACGGGUGCCGCUGCCCGCGCCGCCUACGCCGCGCCCCGCCGACCUCCUCAAGACCAGGAAGCCGCCGGCGCUGGGCGACCUGGAGCCGGUGCUGUUCGGGCCGCCGCCGCCGCUGCUGGAGCCGCUGUUCCCGCCGCAGCCCGGCGCCAGCCCCGGCUUCGCGGAGCGGGUGCGGCAGCACAAGGUGAGGCUGGAGUGGGUGCGGGCAGAGCCGGCGGGUUUGCGCGGGGCCGUGCGGGUCCUUAACCUCGCCUACGAGAAGGUCGUGUCGGUGCGCUACACGCUCAAUGGCUGGGCCAGCUGCGCUGAGGCUGCCGCCACGUACCAGCCGCCGGGGCCGCCCGACGGCAUCACCGACCGCUUCGCCUUCCUGCUGCCCCUGGGCCCCGCCGCCGCCGCCGCCGAGACCACGCUGGAGUUCGCCGUCCGCUACCGCGUCGCCGGUGCCGAGUACUGGGACAACAACGAGGGCAAGAACUACCGGCUGCGGGGCCGGCAGCGCGUCCCGCCCGCCGCAGGGCCCCCGCAGGACCCCGACAGCUCCGCCUGGAUCCACUUCAUCUGAACCGGGGGGCGCGGAGCCAGCCCAGGCCCGGGGGCUCGGCGCACUCCCCGAGA